AUUAAGCUACGACUUCUUUUAUUCCUUACUUCUAACUUGCAAUUGCGCCUACUCUGAUAUCAAUGUCUGUUAUUUAACAAAAUCUUACUGGAGGAAUAGUCUAUUUGGACGUGGAUUUUCCUCGGGUUUCAUUUGAUGUACAUUUGCAAUUGCUGCCCCAGUCUUCGACUUAUUUUAUGCCUUUACUUCCGGAUGAGAGUAUCAAAACCAUCGCUAGGCGCCGAAUCCGCUUUCCCGGUGAAGAUUCUGAUGUAUUCACCGAACUUAUACACUGGAUCUAUCGUAGAGAAUUCUCCAGCAUGUCGUCCUUUCAGGAAACUCUAUUCUUAUUUAAGCUCUGGAUACCAGCUGGCAGAUUCGAGAUGCUCGACAUGCAGAACUCGAUGAUGUCAGCCAUCUUGGAAACCAUCCUUGCAAAUCCUGAGACGUCCUUACUAAUUACAGCAAUCGAUCAUGUAUACUCUCACACACUGCGUGGGUAGGUGUUGCGGCUCUUAGUAGGAGAUAUAUAUAUUAUCUACGAAAUAUUUCUCAAGCCCCGUUCUUAUCGGAAAAGCGUC